AAUCUGUCAUCUUUUAAUAUUUCUUCACAUAAUUCUACAACAUGAAAAUUCAAUAUGUAUCAAAAACCACAAAUAUCAUGUUAUAAGCUACGAUGCUCGAACUCUUAAAAAAUAUGGUCACACCCUUAUUAUUAAUGUUUGCAAAGGAAGUUAGAAAAUGAACCCUUUCCUUUUCCAUUUCUUAUGCGGGGGUAAAGAAAUGGGAAUAGUAUUGGUGUGUAGAUAGAGAGAGAAUGGAGAGGUCCGGGGAAUUGGUGGGUUUUCCGUUGUUGAUGACGUGGAGUUCUCGUUACAAGGCGUGUACGAUUCCUUACAGGCUGCCUUCCGACGAUCCCACAAAGGCAACGGACACUGAGCUUUCCUGGAUCCACGUCUUCAUGAAUUCCAUCCCUUCUUUUACGAAGAGGGCCGAGACCGAUCACACUCUUCCAGAUGCUCCUUCUCGAGCACAAAUCUUUGCUCACAGGUACACUGAAAUACUCGAGGAUUUGAAGAAAGAUCCUAAAACUCAUGGAGGCCCUCCUGAUGGCAUUCUUCUUUGUCGCCUUAGGGAGCAAGUGCUUAGGGAAUUAGGAUUCACAGAUAUAUUUAAAAAGGUCAAGGACGAAGAAAAUGCAAAGGCUAUAGCUUUAUUUGAGGACGUAGUUCAGCUAAAUGAUGCUAUUGAGGAUGAAGCUAAGCGUAUGGAGAACUUGGUCAAAGGGAUUUUUGCAGGAAACCUAUUUGAUCUUGGUUCGGCACAGCUUGCGGAGCUGUUUUCAAGGGAUGGUAUUUCAUUUCUAGCUAGUUGCCAAAACCUCCUCCCUCGACCUUGGGUUAUUGAUGACUUGGAAUCUUUCAUAACAAAAUGGAGCAGAAAAUCAUGGAAAAAGGUUGUAAUCUUUGUGGAUAAUUCUGGUGCAGAUAUUAUUCUGGGCAUUCUGCCAUUUACUAGAGAAUUACUUCGUCAUGGGACACAGAUUAUUUUGGCAGCUAAUGACUUACCUUCUAUUAAUGAUGUUACUUACCCGGAGUUGGUAGAAAUAAUAUCCAAGUUGAAAGAUGAGCACGGGAAGCUUGUAGGUGUGGACACAUCGAACCUUUUAGUUGCAAAUUCUGGAAAUGAUUUGCCGGUUAUUGAUCUUACGAGAAUAUCACAAGAGCUUGCCUACUUGGCGAGCGAUGCUGACCUUGUCAUUCUGGAAGGCAUGGGCCGUGGUAUAGAGACAAACCUUUAUGCUCAAUUCAGAUGUGAUUCCCUGAAGAUUGGAAUGGUGAAGCACCCAGAGGUUGUUGAGUUUCUUGGAGGAAGGCUUUAUGAUUGUGUUUUCAAAUAUAACGGAAUUUUGGAAUAGAUAAAGUUGUUGACUGCUCAUAUCCUGCAACUAGGCACACUCAACAAAAAUAGGAUUCUUGUAAAACUAUUUAGUAGAUAUCACUUGCAAGAUCAAGGAACAAUGUAAAAUUAUUGAACAGAUUUUAGUGGACAUCACUAGUAAGAACACUGCAGAAUCUGGUUUAAGAUUGUUAGUUUGCUAUGAAGCAUUUCUAUCCAA